AUGUUGUGUUUUUUGUGGUUCCUGCUGUGUUUUUGUGGAUGCCGAUGUGCUCCAAAUAUCGUCCUCAUCAUCGCUGAUGAUUUGGGCUGGAACGAUGUAGGCUUUCACGGAUCAAAUCAAAUUCCGACUCCGAACAUCGACGCAUUAUUUAGUUCCGGUCUGUCACUACAUAAUUAUUAUGUUGCACCAAUAUGCACGCCAUCCCGAGCGGCACUUAUGACUGGAAAAUACCCUAUUCAUACGGGUAUGCAGCAUGGAGUGUUGUAUGGUAUCGAACCUCGUGGCCUACCUCUCAAUGAGAAGCUCUUGCCACAAUACUUGAAGGAACUGGGAUACAGAAACCAUUUGGUUGGCAAAUGGCACCUCGGGAGUUACAAGAAAGCUUAUUUACCGCUGAGUAGAGGAUUCGAUACACAUUUAGGAUUCUGGACAGGAAAGAUAGAUAUGUAUGACCACACGACUCAGGAAGCUGGCCAAUGGGGCUUCGAUUUCCGACGAGGUUACUCGGUGGCUCACGAUUUGUUCGGUAAAUAUGUAACCGAUGUGUAUACAGAGGAGGCUGUCAGGAUAAUAUCUGAGCACAACAAGAGUGAGCCUCUAUUCCUUAUGGUUGGUCAUUCGGCAGUUCACACGGGCAACCCGUAUGAACCUAUCCGGGCACCUGAAGACCUAACAGCCAACUUUACAUGGAUAACUGAUCCUCAGAGGAAAAAGUUUGCAGCUAUGCUAACAAAAAUGGACGAAUCAGUUGGUAAAGUGGUCCAGUCCUUACACACUCACGGCCUGCUGCAGAACAGCAUUAUCCUCUUCAGCACAGACAAUGGCGGCGCCGCUGCUGGCUUCAACUUGAAUGCUGCAUCGAAUUAUCCUCUUAAGGGUGUAAAGAACACCCUGUGGGAGGGCGGAGUCCGAGGGGCGGCAGCACUCUGGAGCCCUUUGCUCGAGAAGGUACCUCGCGUCGCCUCACAGAAGAUGUACAUCGCAGACUGGAUGCCCACACUGCUUAGUGCUGCGGGGGCCAAUAUGAGUUUAUCUGGCAUCGACGGUAUAGACCAAUGGAAAGCAUUAUCGUCCGAUCUCAAAUCUGAGCGAACCACAGUUCUACAUAACAUUGACGAUGAAUUUGGCAGCGCUUCUAUCACAGUCGACCAGUGGAAAUUACAUAAAGGCACAAAUUACAACGGUGCCUGGGACUACUGGUAUGGGCCUACUGGCCGCGUCGGUGUCUACGAUGUUAAGGAGGUAUUGAACAGCUUCGCGGGGAAGGCUUUCGCGCAAUUAGGAAUGAUGCCGAGCGAAGAAAUUAUUUUGGAACUAAGAAAUGCUUCAACGGUGACAUGUAAGAAACUAGAUCCAAUACUAUGUGAACCUUUGAAGGCGCCUUGUCUCUUCAAUAUUGAGGAAGAUGCCUGUGAAGUGAGGAAUCUUGCUAACGAAGAACCUGAGAUCUUGCAAAAACUAUUAGACGAGUUGGAAAAAAUAAAUCGCACCGCUGUCCCUCCGAACAAUCAACCAUUGGACCAACGGGGCGAUCCUAAGUACUGGGGUCGGACCUACACUAACUUCGGGGACUUUCAAAGGCCACAAUUCGUUUGUUGA